AUGACUGAGCAAAGCUUUACCAUGUUCCUGCAACAGGACGACAAGGACAUGGCACGAUACUCCGAUCACUCGCACAACAUUGCCUUCACAUCGAGCCCCAUGAACAUGAGCAUGACCGCCGACGCCUACAGCGGAUACCACGGUUCUCUCGCGACGACCAUGGGGAAUCUCGACCAGACCAUGUACGGCACCGACAAUGGCAUCCCAAAUUACGUCCUCAACAGCCGCACCUCCUCCAGCACAUACCCCGACGACGGCGACAUGAGAUUGUCGUCAUCGGGCCUGUCAACGGCCUCGGCGCCGUCGGCGCCGUCCUCUGUCGUCGGAUCACCACAGUCGCAUACUGGCCACCUCGGCGUUCCUGAGUGGGCACACAUGCAACCCAACAUUGUGGGCGACUACAUGACGGGCGGUGACUACCCGACGUUCUCGAGCUCCAACGUGGAUGAUCUGUCGACGUUUGACUUUACACACCCCAAGACCUUUGUUGAUCCCUCGCUGAUCCACCCUGAGAUUGGACAGCAGAAUCCCAUGUCUUUCUCGCCAUAUGACGCUGGCUUCCACCAGCCCGUCCACCCAUAUCCCGCUUCUCCCUCGCUCGCUACUUCGCCGCAACCCUCGAUGAUGCGCACCAGCUCGUCUUCGCCAUAUCUCCACAAUGGCUCGUUCCAAGCCGGCUUUACUCACAGCCCCUACAGCACUCCCAUGGACCCCGCCGGCCGGCGCCAGAGCAUGGCUGGCGGCUUCAUCUCGCCUGGCUCUGCCGAAUAUGCUUCCGGCGACGAGACCAAGGAGCGUCAGCGCUGCACCUACCCCGACUGUGGCAAAGUCUUCAAGGACCUCAAGGCGCACAUGCUCACCCACCAAACUGAACGCCCUGAGAAAUGCCCCAUCCAGACUUGCGAGUAUCACAUCAAGGGCUUUGCUCGCAAGUACGACAAGAACCGCCACACCCUGACUCAUUACAAGGGUACUAUGGUGUGUGGCUUCUGCCCUGGCUCCGGCUCGGCCGCCGAAAAGUCGUUCAACCGCGCCGACGUUUUCAAGCGCCAUCUCACAACGGUCCACGGUGUCGAGCAGACGCCACCCAACUCCCGCAAGAAGGCACCCACCGCCGUCAACCCCGGCAAGAAGCUCACCGGCUAUGCUGCCGAUGCUACCGGCAAGUGCAGUACCUGCUCGCAGACAUUUUCCAACGCCCAGGACUUUUACGAACAUCUGGACGAUUGUGUUCUGCGUAUUGUUCAGCAGGAGGACCCCGCCGAAGCCAUCAACGCCCAGCGCCUGGCUGAGGUUGAGAAUGACAGCAGCGUUCACCAGACUCUGGAGAAGAACAACUUGCCCACCACAACCCCUUCGAACCAUGCUACUCCAAAUGAGGACGAUGAGGACGAUGAGGACAUGGAAGACGACGGCGAGGAUCGCCUCAAUGCUUCACCUAAGAAGAAGAUGGCCCUCACAAACGGCGUUUCCAAGUCGCGCGGCAUUACCCAUUCGCGCGGCGGCGUUCCUCUCAUUGCCAAGACACGUGGUCGCAAAAACCGCAAGGACUAUCCCUCUUCUUGGGGCUUUGACAAGGGCCAAAUGACCAUGAAGAAGCGCAUCAUGGCCGUCUUUGAUGACCUGGACGUGCAGACCAUGAAGCGCGCCGAGGGCUUCCUGAACGCCACCGACGACGAGAAGGGCCCUUGGAUCUCUGAUGACCCUACAGAGGAGCAGAUCCUUGAGAUGCAGAGGGUGCAAGAGAUCCUUAGCGCCCCCUCGACCACAGAGACUAGUUCCGCUUCUUCUUAA